CGCCACGCAGGAAUCAAUAGGGGUUGCGUCGGGUUCGCGCGGCGUCGAAGCGACGUCGGCGACGACGUAAGCGACAUCUCAUCCCGUUUCCUGGGGGUUGUGACGAGCAGCUCUCCUCCAGGCCGUGACGGCCGCCCUCGGGACCGACCCCUGCCCCGAUAGACCUCGCUCAUCCUUCCGAACGUCGUGGCGAUGGCCGACAGCGAGUUCGAGGAGUUUCGGCACUACUUCGAGAGGCUGCCUCAACACCUCAAGACACCGCUCUCCAACUACACGCUCGUACACGAUGUGAUGAUCGACGACUCGCCGACGUCCUCGCAAGGAAGCGACGGAGAGGUCGGCAGAUCCUGCGACGUCGGCACCGGCGACUCCGAGGACGAGGAAGUCGUCGUCAUCCACCGGCACGACGUCCAAAGCGGGCACACCUCCCCCGAUGACAGCGAGGAGCUGGAUCAUCAUUGCUCGAUCAUAGCUGAUAGCGAUUUUAGGUUGGUAACGUCCUUGUUCGGUGGACUGAGCAGCAGGGGUCGAUCGGUAGGCGGCGGCGGACCAGGACCGGGCGGGGGUAGCACUACCGUAUCCGGUAACGGUGGCCGGGAUAGUGUCGUCAGCGAUGUCGGCGAUUCGUGUUCCAGUUUGAGCUCCUGGCCUACACCGGAGCACGUGCCGUCGAAUCGACCCGGAAGCGGCGGCACCGAGCGCAGACGUAGAAGACUGCCGGAAAUUCCUAAAAGCAAAAAAUCCUUGCCCAUGUGCCAGACGUCCAUACAGACGUCGUCCUCGCUGGCAGACGAGUUGAGUGCCGCGACCGGCUCAACAUCGGCCCGGCCUCAUCUUGUCUUAAGGAAAUGUCAUCCCAGACUCCGCCACGAAGACAGCUCGCCCGACAGCGAGAGAAUGGCCACCGACAGCGGUCAUUCUACCGCUCAUUCACCCGACAACGGACCCAAAAGCGUGUCGCCCAUACCAUGUAAUACCCUGCAGAACACGGACUCGGCGUCGCCCAGCAGCACCCCAGGAAGCGGAGGCGUACCGUUCACCCAACUGGAACUGCUCGAAGCGACGCAUCGAGGCCUGCACAAAUUCAUAUCGCGGCACCAUGACGAAAUUGAUAUUGAAAUCGGGGACCCCAUAUAUGUGCAAAAAGAGGCCGACGACCUCUGGUGCGAAGGUGUAAAUCUGAGGACGGGCCGGCAAGGUAUCUUUCCAUCGGCUUAUGCGGUCGACAUGGACUACAGUGACUUCGAUCCCACCGCGCCCAAAGUGAAGAGGGAGAGAUAUCUCCUGGGUUACCUGGGAUCGGUAGAAACUUUGGCCCACAAGGGUACAGGGGUGGUUUGUCAGGCGGUACGGAGAAUCCUUCGCAACUCCUCGCAAGAUCCACCCGUCUCCCAGAGCUGCAUCUUGGAAGUAUCCGAUCAGGGUCUUCGAAUGGUCGACAGAAGUAAACCGCGAAAAAGUCAAGGUCCUUGUCACGAUUAUUUCUACUCGCUGAAGAAUGUAUCGUUCUGUGCAUUUCAUCCUCGCGAUCAUCGCUACCUCGGCUUCAUCACGAAGCACCCCACUCUGCAGAGGUUCGCUUGUCACGUGUUCAUCGGUCAAGAAUCUACAAGACCCGUCGCCGAAGCUGUCGGACGCGCUUUUCAUCGGUUCUACACGAAAUUCAUCGAGACUGCUUUCCCGAUAGAGGACAUCUACAUUGAAUAAACCGCUCUCAGUCUGACUUAUAGCGACUGCGGAGAAAAUGAUACAUCUCACUUCCCCCCUUACCCCUGUAUAUAUCGCCCGCUAGUUGUAGAUAUAAAAUAAUAAACGCGAAUCAAACACCCAAUUUAUACAUAUAUUGAUUAUAUGUAUAUCUAUGUGUACGGAGCAUUUUGGGAAGCGUCACGACGAGCACGAGUCUCCGUUGACAGUCUAUUCUCUCGUUGUUGUUUUUUUUUUAUUUGCGUUGCUUAUUACCGAUUCCUUUUGAUUUUAUGCGCGUGAUACGAUCCUACGUACAUCAAUUAAACAGCGGAAAGAAAUGAUAUUUGUCAAAUAAUACUAUACCACUGUAACACUACCAGAAUUAUUGUCUGCUUUCGUUUCGUAGACAUCGUAUCGGCUGAAAUUGAUAAUAUUUUCAUAUUAUUCUUAACACUUCUUAGUUUCUACUGACGAAACAACGGCAGAAUGAUACGAACGUAAAAUUGACCGAGUAAGUGAAGAUAGACGCUGACGCUUCAACAGCUGAGAAGAAUUGAUCUAUUUUCAAUUGCGAAGUUUCGUUGCCGAAAUUAUAUUUUUUCACAAUUGAAAACGGAACGAUUUCUGCAAGUUGUUUUAACCGUUUAACCGCCAAUGUUCCCAACCGCACUUCCGAUGUAAAUUUGAGUCAAAUAUUAUACUUUUCAAACAUAUACGUAUUAAUUUUUGAAAUAAUAAAAAUAUUACGGCGGAUUUGUUGUUAAUUCUAAAUUUCGUCAAAACAAUUUUUAUUUGUCGAAAGUAAACAUAGAGAGAGUAGAAAAUAAUUGAAAUGUUCAUUCCAACGACAGUUUGGCAAUGAAAUGCGGUUAAACGGUUAAAUAUUACGACUCAUGGUAUUAUCGAAGGGUAUUACACCUUUUUGACUAAACUUCGUUCCUGUUUAAGAUCGGAAGAGAGAGAGAGAGACAGAGAGAGAGCACGAUAUAGUUGAGUCGUGCCGGAAGAUUUUGUUAAAGACUUCGUUAAUAAGCAAACUUGGUAAUCGAUAGCGAAUUAAUUCCUAAUACCCCGGCCCCACGACCAAGUUAAUCCGCUUAGUAACGCAUAGGAAAAGGGAAUACGACAAUAGAGAAUGAGCGUGUUGGAUCAUUCGGAGUUUAGGGAAGAAAU